CUUGGCACCAAGAACAUUACCUGGGUUUUUAUUUGUGAUAUCUCUAAUGGUGUAUAAAUGGAGAAGACGACAUUUAUCAAUGUACGAUGGCAUCGAAGAUUUUCUCCAAAGUCAUAACAACCUCAUGCCUAUACGAUAUUCUUAUCGAGACAUUAUGAAGAUGACGAAAGGUUUUAAGGAGAAACUGGGUGAAGGAGGAUUUGGAACUGUAUAUAAAGGACAACUUUGUAGUGGUCCUUUUGUUGCAGUCAAAAUGUUGGGACAAUCCAAGAGUAAUGGCCAAGAUUUCAUCAAUGAGGUUGCUACUAUAGGAAGGAUUCACCGUGUCAAUGUGGUGCGAUUAAUUGGAUUUUGUGUUCAAGGUACAAGGCGGGCUCUUAUAUACGAUUUCAUGUCUAAUGGAUCUCUAGACAAGUACAUCUUUUCACGAGAAACAACUAAUGUCUCCUUAAGUUUUACCCAAAUAUUUGAUAUCUCACUUGGAAUAGCUCGUGGUAUUGAGUAUCUUCAUCAAGGAUGUGACAUACAUAUACUUCAUUUUGAUAUCAAGCCUCACAACAUUCUAUUAGAUGAAAAUUUCAUUCCAAAAGUUUCUGACUUCGGGCUAGCAAGAUCAUGUACGUUGGAUAAUAGCUUAGUAUCUUUAACUGCUGCAAGAGGAACCAUGGGUUAUAUAGCUCCAGAAUUGUUCUAUAAAAACAUUGGAAGAGUAUCUAGCAAAUCUGAUGUGUACAGUUUUGGAAUGCUGUUAAUGGAAAUGGCAAAUCAACGAAAAAAUGUGAAAACAUUGACUGAAAACUCAAGCCACAUUUAUUUGCCUUUAUGGAUACACAAGCAACUCAUUAAAGGAAAUGACAUAAAAAUUGACGAGCUUGUCACAAAAGAAGAAUCAGAAUCAAUAAAAAAGAUGGUCAUUGUUGCGUUGUGGUGUAUACAACUGAAGCCUUCUGAUCGUUCUACGAUGAGCCAAGCCAUAGAAAUGCUUGAAGGUAAGUUUGAAUGCCUACAAAUACCCACAAAUCUUCAUUUAUAUCCUCAACAACAAGAGUGCAAUAAUAAUAAUGAUGGUGCUAAUGAGACACCUCCCUCAUUAACAUUGCCUAGAUAGAAGAUUACUGAUGUCAAUUAAUAGUUGAUAAUGUCAAGAGUACAAUAGGCAUAUGUACUAAUAAAACUAUUUAUGUAUAUGAUAAUUAUGAAAUUUGUGAG